CGAGUAGUUGAUUGCGUUUGAAUUUAAGGAAAACGAUAUAAAAAGUUAUUCGAUGGAAUAAAUUUCGAGUUAUUUCCACUACUAUUGCUUAAAUCAAUGCGAUUGUUCAAGUAUUUUGUGAAAGCAUUUGGGCUCCUUUUCACAGCAACAGGAAAGCGAUGUGCUGGAAUCGGAUAUGCUUUUCAUAAAGAAUACGUGCUUCUUCCAUUCCUAUGAAUCCCAGUGUACUCGUACUCUUUCGUUUGCUUUCUCUUUGAGUCAUGAAAAACUUCUUACACUUCAUUAUUCAAGGUCUGUCUUGAAUUUCGUUAUUCGCAAGAGAGGGGAUAGCUGUCUACCUACGGUGGUUUUUCGUUUCAUCCUACUUUUCUAUAUUCUUUUUAGGUGCUGUAUUAUUACGGGCUAAAUUUUCCAUCCCUAAAAUAUUCUAUAGCCUAAAAAGUAUCUUUUGACAUAUCGUUGUAGAUUAAGUAAAAAUGUCAAGGCUUCACAUCACUUGUCCCCAUUGUCCCAGUGUCGUCUUUUCAAACGAGAGACCUGCUGUGGUUGAGAAACCUACGCUACGAUCUAUCCUAGGUGCUGCUGAAAAAGGUCCGUCGGAAUCAGAGCGUUACUAUAGUCUUAAGGAUCCUUUUGCGUUCGAUAAUAUCAGUGUUUCAAAACCCUUGGCUAGCAACAUCAAAUUACUGGCAUGCGGUGAAUGUGAGAAGGGACCAUUGGGAUACUUUGAUCCUGAAGGAAAGGAAUAUUUAUUGCUGUCUUCAUUAGAAAAAUAGAAACCGUUAUGGUUUUUAUUGCUGAUCCUCGGAAAUGAACCUAGACACUAUAGAAAAAAGACGCAAAAUCUAAGAUUUUUAGAAAACGCAUUCUACAGAAGAGUUGCUCGAAACGUGAAAACCGAGUAACCCAAGUAGUAAAAGUACAAGCGUGUCAUAAAUAACAACAAAAUACGAUUUUUUUUUCUAUAAAAAAAUAGUUCUAACGAAAGGAAUAUAUAAAUUACACAAUGUUCCCCAAUAUUGAACUUUCACAUCUAUCAAACCAUACCCUCUCCAGUACGCGAUGAUCUUAUUUACAAGACACUUGCACCCUCAAACGCUGGAGAAAGAACCAUAUAAGUACACUCCACGUUAUUUUGCUUGAAAAUAGUGAGCAUUUUCUCAGCAAUUUCUUCAUAAUGAUCCGUAGCCAAGGAGAGAAUCGUGGGACCGGCACCAGAAAGACAAAUACCACAUAGGCCUGGUUGAGAUUCGGGCGUCAUUUGAGCAAGGAUCGUUUGAAGUCCAGGAAUCAAUUGAGAGCGGUAAGGUUGAUGAACUUUAUCCUUCAUUACCUCAUGAAUAACUUGAUGAUUCACGGGAGUCUGGCCCAAGGCUGUAGUCAAGAGUGCCAAACGUUGAAGGUUAUAAAUAACAUCUGGCUUCGUAUAGGAGGAAGGCAAGACACUUCUAGCUUUUGAGGUGGAAAGGUGGAACUGAGGAAUGACAACAAGCGCCUUCAGUUCAGGAGCCCAUGGAAGCUUUGUAUAUCGUCCCAUGUUCUCUGGAGGUCUAGAAAAUGCUUUAUUGUUUAGAAGAUCACUGGCAGAAGGAAUCAUAGCUUCUUUUUCAGUAUUCGAUAACUCACGAAGAAAAGAGCCUACAAAACCACCCAUCAUAGAAGCCAUAACGUUGUCGGGAUGACGCUCAAUCAUCAAAACGUAAUCCAUCAUUUGUAAUUUGGAUAACUUCAAUUGAGCAAGCUCAUUAGCAAGCAUAACACCCGCAAUAGCAGCAGAACCACUGGAACCCAUACCGCGUCCUAAAGGUAUAGGAUUCUUCACAUGAAUUUUUGUCGCCAUUGGAAAUUCAUGAAUAUCGUGGCAUCGUAGAACAUAAAGAGCAGUCUGAGUAAUCAUAUUUUUAUGGAUAUCCAAAGGUACUUCUUCAGCACCAUCUCCUUCGUAAGUCAAAACACAUUCACUCUUGUCAUCGCUGACUUGCACGUCGAGAGUCAUAUAGACCUCCAACGACAUUCC